GGAGGCCCCGCCGCGGCUUCUCUGCUCCCGCCCGGGACGUCGUCGAGAAGGGCCUCCUGGUGUACGUGCACAUCACUGGCAGGCUGGACGACGGCACCGUCUUUGACGACUCUGAUGAGCGCGGAGGCCCCCUGGUCUACAUCCAGGGCGCAGGCCAGGUGCCGAGGGGCCUCGAGGCUGGCGUAGAGGGAAUGCGCGUGGGCGAGGCGAGAGAGCUGCGGCUGCAGCCCGCCGAGGCCUUCGGCGAGGCGGACCCCGACCUGGUCCGCGAGGUCGCGGUCGAAAACCUCCCAGACGGCUGCGAGGUGGGCACCCGGCUGUCGGUGAGCGUGCCAGGUGCUGAGGAAGCGCGCCCCGCGGUGGUGCGCGCCAUCGGCAGCAAGACGGCGACGCUAGACGUGAAUCACCAGCUCGCGGGCAAGAUCCUGAACUACUCCGUGAGGCUUGUGAGGUGCACGGAGCUGCCCCAGCUCUCCCUGGAGAUCCAGACCCCCGGCGACGGGAAGACGUACCCCGUGCCAGGCGACCAGGUCACCGUGCAUUACACGGGCUCGAUAGCCGAGAGCGGGGAGGAGUUCGAUUCCAGCCGGUCGCGGGCACCAUUCACCUUCACGAUAGGGCUGGGCCAGGUCAUCAAGGGGUGGGAUGAGGUCGCGGGCAGGAAGCGCGUCCAUACCCGCGGCCUCGCGGUCUGGACUCUGCGGCAGCCACCCCAUGUGGACACGGGGUGGCUUCUGUGCGGAUGCCCCGCGCGGAAAGGGUCGCGCAUCCACGGGACCGUGCUGCGGUGCCCCGACCGCGAGGGCAUGGAUGUGGGUAUGGUUCGUCGCGCGUGGCGAGGGGCUCCAGCGGAUGUCCCUGGGUGAGCGAGCGACCCUCAGGCCCGUCGCCAGAAUACGUUCACACCCACCGCCUCGGAGCCGUGCCCUGGGGUCUCGAGGAGCCCCCGAGGAGUGGCGGGCGCGGAUGCCCGCCCCUCGCGGCAGCGGAGGAAUCCGCACCUGCCGCUUUUCCCAGGGAUCCAUUCGGCGGGGCUCUAGCAGCUGUGGGCAUGGACAUACCGUGGCGGUGCACCGUAGGGUCCCGUCCGAGAUGGCGUACGGCGACCGGGGGCGGCCCCCGAUCCCGCCAGACGCCGACCUGCUGUUCGACGUGGAGGUGCUCGGCGUGGAGCCGCGGGGGAGGUUGCCCGCUGCGCCGGUAAUCCGACUCCAUAUGGCAUCGCACUCACAUGCGCGUCGCGUCGGUAACCCUGCGGUUCGGGCCGCGCGAGAGGCCGCCGAGGCCAGUGCGUUUUUGUUUCAGCAGGCUCAGGAUGGCAGCGGCGAGUUCUGCGCAGUGCUUGAGUUCUGCCGCCCCGUCAG